AUUUACUUUUCCUUUCCUUUAACCCACCAUCUAUACUUUUCAACAUUAUUACACACGCAUUUGAACCCUGAAUUUCCAUGCGGCUGACACUGUCUUCAAAGCGAAGGCAUACCACUUCUUAUGCUGUAGUUUCAUAUCAAAUCUUAUUGGUCAUAAGUGUCAUCUGCUCCAUUGCUCAGGCCCAUUCACCCCCUGCGCCAACCAUAGAACUAUCAGGCCUAGUUAUAAAGCAAUUGGACAAAGAUUUGCUUCCUAGCAAAACAGCCGAAGCCGUAGAAACAAAAACUGUCACCAUAGUCGUCGAAGCAACGCCAAAGACAUAUAACCCUAACGACGACGACGACGAUAACUCAGAUAACUCAUGGCAAAAUGGUGGCCAUGUGAAACCAAAUAUAGUCGCAACUGGGGAUUCAACCUCAUCGGCCGAACCUACGAACACUGCUGCAGGGAACGAUAAUCCUCAGUCAUCUCCUCUGCCUAACAGCGAUGGUGUCGACGAUAACUACACGGAUCCAAAUCCAAAUGGUGUAAAGCGACUGGUCCUGAUUUCUUCAUUGGUUGGUACCGUUGGCUUUGUUUCACUGUUGGCGGCAGCAACCCUUUUAUAUAUGAGAAAGAGGAGUCAUAGCCGAAGAAACAAAACGCGAAAUGACGAUAUAGAGUUAAAUGAGCAUCGUUCUAGAGGAGGCGAUCCAAACGACGGCUCCGAUGGGGGCUCUUCUCGACCGAUACUUCAGAGACCUUACGGUUUACCAGAUGAAGCACACAGUCUUCCUGACUCAGAGCCAUCUGCCCCUAUGCUUGCUCCUUUACCGAUGGCGCAUACUCCAGGGAAUGACUCUUUGAGACAGCAUUAUUUAGAAAUACCCAGUCUAUCUCACGAUGGGUCACCUUCAAGAAGUAUGCGCACACUGGCACAUACUCAGGCCAUACCACCCCCAUCGGCCCCCACGGCAAAAGAGCUUAACGAUGAUCAUGCAAACUUGUAUCAUCUUGUAGCUAGAGACUAUCCAUCGUCGUCAGCAGGACUACCAUCUGGUAGUCGACCCAUUUCAACUUUCCGAGAUGAUUCAUCCGUUACGUCAAGUCAAGAUGCACCUCCAGCGUACACGCCGAGUGCACCGCCCCUUUACAUCCUCGCAGACUAUCCUGAACCCCAUAUCAUCGGCACGAGCAGGUCUCGGCAGCAGCACGACAGAGCACCUUCUAGGCACUCACGGCGUGAAUAAUCGCCCUCCAUAACUCUUUUGUUCCUCUUCUGUUGUUUCCCUCCACCUCUGGUUAAAAAGUACCUGUGACGUUCAUCGCACUUUUCGUCCCCCCAUUUCUUGUAACAGUACCCUUCCUUCUUUUAUUUUUUUAUAUAUUUUUCAAAGCAUCGCAUCGGAAAAAGUAACAAGCUGCCGGGUGCUGCUUCUGUUACUACCAUUUCUUUCUUCUUUUUCUUCACUAUCGAUACCCAUCUUUUGAUAGCACGCAUCUCCCCUGACGAGGAAUAGCAACUACAACAGCUUUGUAAUUUUCUUCUUCUCCUUUUUGCCGUUACGUUUCUUACAUUGCAAAUGAUCAAUAAAAUAAAAAUGUAUUUUGCACAUAAACGUA